AUGAUUAACCGGCCCCGGCUGCUCUCCCGCCGCCCGCGCGGGGCCACGCGGGGCUCGGGGGCCGCGGCGGGGCCGGAACGGGGCCGAGCCCCGAGCGGCGGCGGUUGGGACCCCGCGGGCACCGGCGCGUCUCCGCGGAUGGACGGUGACCCUCCAGCUGGGCAGGGCCCCACGGCCCGGGCAGCGGAGCAGGAGGGUGGCGGUGGCGGUGGCGCAGCCGGGGCGCUGCCCAUCCCCGGCACCCGCAGCGAUCCCCCCGCGGCCCGUGGGGACAGGGACAGGCCCGUGCUGGUGUCGGCGAUCACCAACUCAGCCUUCGAGGGGGCCCCGCCGCCCUACUCGCCCCCGGACCCCAAGAAUGUUCACGUCCUCUACCCGCCGUUCCCAGCCGGCUUCUCCCAGCAACAGCCCGUCUUUUACCAGCCGGGACCAGGACCGCGGUCCUUCCCAGCCGCGGGAUUCCCUCCCGGRCCCCUGCCCUACAACAUCUACAACGCGCAGCCGGGCGCGGGGCCCUUCCCUGCCAGCCACGGGCAGCAGCUGCCCAAGGACUACAUGGUGGAGUCCGUGCUGGUGACCCUGUUCUGCUGCCUGCUGACCGGGGUCAUGGCCCUYAUCUACUCCCACGAGACCCGGGCUGCGCUCGCCCGCGGGGACGUGGCCCAGGCACACGUGGCAUCCAGAAAAGCGCAGUCACUGGUCCUCUUCAGCCUCCUCUUCGGGCUGUUCGCCUCCAUCAGCUGGAUCAUCUACGUCCUGGUGUCCCUGUACGUGUGACAAGGACCCCGAGCCCCAGGGACACCGUGUGAAGGUGAAGGUGCCACAGCCUUGUGUGGAAACAAACGGGUGACAACAAAGCGUUCUUGGGGCCGAGGGGCGGCGUCUGUCCUUCCUGGGGGUGUGAGGAGCUGCCCUGGAGCCUUUGCCCAUCUGCUGUGCCCUGCGAGGGCAGGAGGAACCCGGAGCAGGGAGGCGCCGGGGCCGUGUCCUGCUGGAGGCAGCUCCGGGCAGGGAGCUGUGUGGGAUCCAGAGUGGGAUCAGCUCUACUGUAGGAUGCUGAAUCCCAUUGCUGUGGGCUGUCCCUUGGARCUGCCAGAGGGGACUCUGGUGCACAGGGAGCAUCUUGUAGGAUUGGGGUUGGGGAGGGAGCAAAAGUAACAGGUGUGUGGGGAGCUCUCACUGGUCACUAAUAAUGUGAGGAGAUCCAAACCCACGGAUGCAGCUCGGUGGUAAUUCUGCACACACAAAUACACACAAACACACACACUGUAUCCACACCUUCUUGCUGCUUCUAGACUGAAAUAAAACAGAGUUGUAGCCAAA